AUGGAAAACUUAACUGUAAAUAAUUACUCAGUGCCAUCUUUGUUUGAUAUUACUGGUGAAGAUAGUAAUUGGAUCAUUACGAGCGCAUUUAUGAUAUUUACAAUGCAAACUGGUUUUGGUAUGUUGGAAUCAGGAUGUGUUUCAAUCAAAAACGAAGUAAAUAUUAUGAUGAAAAAUGUGGUGGAUAUUGUACUAGGAGGUUUAACGUAUUGGAUCUUCGGAUUUGCAAUGUCGUUUGGACGGAGUCCUUUAAACAACAAAUUUAUUGCCUUGGGAGAUUUCUUCAUCGAUCCAAGCGUAAAUGACCCUUUAAAAGGACCAAUAUAUGCGGCAUUUAUUUUCCAGUUAUCUUUUGCGACGACGGCUACUACAAUAGUGAGCGGAGCAAUGGCUGAACGCUGCAGUUUCAAAGCGUACUGCUUGUUCAGUUUUCUUAAUACGGCAAUUUAUUGCAUUCCUGCCGGUUGGUUAUGGGGUGAACACGGAUUUCUAAAACAAAUGGGAGCCGUGGACAUUGCUGGUUCGGGUGCUGUCCAUCUACUUGGAGGCAGUGCUGCUUUAGCUAGUGCAAUGAUGUUGGGUCCACGGCUUGGUCGAUAUGAUAAUGGAAGAGGUCCAUUACCUCUAGGAAAUCCUGUAAAUGCGGUUAUGGGUUUAUUUGUUCUUUGGUGGGGCUGGUUGGCAUUUAAUUCCGGGAGUACCUAUGGACUCAGCGGGGCAAAAUGGCAAUACGCCGCCCAAGCAGCUGUAAUGACCAUGAUGUCAUCAUUCGGCGGUGGUACGGCAAGUAUACUGUAUUCGAUGAUCAGACUAGGAGGUCGAAUUGAUGCGAUGGACAUUAUCAAUGGCAUUUUGGGAUCAUUAGUAGCGAUUACAGCUGGCUGUUUUUUGUAUAAAGGUUGGGAAGCAUUGUUAAUCGGAAUUAUAGGAGCAUUUUUAGUAUGUGGAUCAAUGCCAGUGUUUGAUAUGAUGCAUAUUGACGAUCCUGUUGGUGCUAGUGCCGUACAUGGUGUUGGGGGAAUCUGGGGAGUAAUUGCAGUGGGAAUUUUUGCUCAGGACCCAUAUCCGUUGGGUACUACAGCUCGCAGAAAUGGAUUAACAAAAGGUGGAGGAUGGUACCUUUUAGGCGUUCAAGCCCUAACUGUAGUAUGCAUUGUCGUCUGGGGAGUGGUAUCGACGAUAGUUCUGCUCUGGUUUAUAGAUAAAAUUAUCCCAAUCCGUAUGGAUGUUCAUGUAGAAUUAUUAGGAGCUGAUAUCACUGAGCAUCUUGUCAGACAUUCCCAAGUUGGCGUAUCAAGAGCCUUAUCUGCUUUUCGAGCUGUAAUAGAUACACGAAAAGCGGAAAAUUUAAAUAUGGUUGGAAUGAAUCCGGGCCACGACAAGCAUUUAGAUCUUGUUAAAAUGUUGGCAGCUAAAAGAAAAUACAGAAGAUCCAAGAUUUUUCGAAUGAUAACGCAUAAUCAAAAUUUAGGUGUGAAGAUGAUAAAAGGAGUAUUUCCGAAAUUGAAGAAAUCAAAAAAAGCUACCAAAAAAGAAUCAUCUAAUGAACCUCAGAAAAUCAAUUUAAAAGAAACCAUUCCGACUAGCCCAAAAAAAGUUCCUCUCGCUUGGGUUAACUAAUAUAGAUAUCAAAAUAAAACAUUAAUUCACCACAAUACAUCAAAACACUUUAUUUUUGCA